UUCUGUUCCCGCGAUGUCUUACAUGGCAGACACGAAGUCGCUUCAGUCUUACGACUGGUUCGAAUUGGUAAGGAUGGAUUGGAACAAUGGUCCCCGUGUCAGUCGUGGUGGCGGUGGUGAAAAAGUGAAAGUGACCUGCUUUCGACAAGUUAUUACUUUCCUCUGGGAACCCCUUCCCAACGGUAGUGUUUGCUAAUCGAUUUUAACUAUGGUAUAGAAGCAGCGGUAUGGUGCAAUUGGUUGAGAUUAGGAAGGUUAAUUUGCUGAAAAAUAAAUCAAAAACACAAAAUGAACACGUCAAAAUGGCUACCGAGGCAGCACCACGAGGUGGUCAAACUGUUCGAUCAAACCCGAACUUUGGAGCGCGAGUUUCGCGUUUUGGGGAAAAAGUUUGCGACGGAUAUAAAUCUGGACCUGCCGGACUACUAUGAAUUCGAACGGUUGCUACAACAAAGCCGCCAGGGGUUCGAACUGUCGGCCCACAUUCAGUUCCGGCUGAUUCGGAUGACCGCUUCGUCGGCGGACAAAAACGUCGAACGGAGUUUCUUCAAAAUUCUGCUGGAUCGCAAGGCGCAUCUGAUCAGGCAGAAUCUUCGGAAGCGCCACUUUCAGCUGACUUUCAUUAUCAACAAAAUGGUGAAGCUGAUGCUUGGGCUGACGUACAGUUCGGAGGCGGUGAUCGACGGUGCGAUGCUGCUAUCGACGCUGCACAACGAAAGCGUUGCGCUGGCGCUGAAAACAACCAAGGCGCGAACCCAAGCUGGAGCUCAAAUUUGUAGCAAUUCGUUCCCGGCUGUGAUGAUUGCGCCGAAGAAGGUGGACAUCGGAACGAUUCUUCAGAUUGUCACUAAACAACGUUCGGAGCAGUGUUGUGCCACGCUUAUCAACUGCCUGCUUGUGUCCUGUAAGGGAGCAACCACAACAACUCUUGAGGAUGACGAAUCGGACACUUCGAGUGUGGAGAUAUUGCGAACACUAACAGCGAACUUCAACGAAGGCAUUACCAAGACACAUGAACUUUUCCAGGAAGAUUUUAGUUCUAGGCGGAAAAAUAGCGUCAAUCUCAUCGCGAGCGGUGAUAUGCACGUGUCGGCAUCUGCGAAGCCGGUUAAGAUAACUCCGAUAGCUAAACCGGAGGCCAGGGCCCUGGAUGAAUCCGAACAUAACGAUCCUGCCAUCAACUUCUUCGACGAAAUGGCCGCCGAAGCGGUAGCGUACAACACGAUCAACUACUUGGUCAACGAACCGGAAGGAAUCGACCUACUAGAAAAUCUGAUAACCGACGAGGAGAUCUUCAUCGCCAACAUGUUGAUGAAGGUGAUCAAGCUUUGCCCGUCUGCCUUCGACAAGGAACUAAGCAAAACGGAGCUUAUCAAGUGGGUGAAUCGAGGCACGCGGGGUCUUUGGACGCAGGUUGGUGGAACGCUCGAGCACGUAGUACUCUGGUGGAGCAAUUCGCCGCUCGCAUGUAGGCCAGCUGCCUGCGCCAAGUACCUGCGAGACUGGCUACUCCUGGUAACCCCGGACGAAGCUCCCGAGCCAAUACUCUCCAUGCUGAAGGGUUUGGGGGAAACGUUGACGAUACACGUUACGAGUACGAUCUGGGAUCGGCAGUUUCGUCUGUCGGUGGUUGCCUCUAGUUUACCGGUGGAUCAUCCCUUCGAGGAGUCAGAGUUCUACAAUCCCAAUAUGAUUGUUGAAGGCACUAUCUGUGGGAAAGUUUGGAGUGAGCUUCUGUAUCAAUUGGUGUUGAUAUCCAAUACAUGUGACAUUGGAACUAUCCCAAAUGAGCUGCCAUUGGUGGAACAGAUUCCAGUUCUGCAUCGACUCGAUCACUCGAUCCAUUCGAUGCGCAUUUGGGCUUCAAAUAAAGCACGAUCACUUUGUACCGACUGGAACAUGAUGAUGUUCUUCAAGGUAGUUCACAACGAUAUUGGAAUUUGCUUGGAGCAGCUGCAGUAUCUUCGUGUUCCUGAAUUGGUCUCUCCUGACGCGCUAGAAGUGCAGGUUCAAGUUUGCGUCGCUCUGCGAGCCAAAUUGGUGUCCGAAAUCAAGGAAAACAUAAAGAAACUGAAGCUGGCCUGCGCGGAGUGUAUCGAUGUGCUGGCGGCUGUUUGCAGAACGACCAGCUUGGCUUCGUUAACUCUCUGCUUUCCGCACUUUCGUCAUUGGCAGACAGAUAUAGUGCAGAAUGCAGCUAACGAAUACGUAGCAUACUUCUUCAACCAGGUUUACUUCCCAGUAAUUGAGGCAACAAAGGAUCUGGAAAUUCUGAAGCUCACGUUGAAGAUCAUCUGCGAAGCCUGGUUGGAUCACAUCUAUAUGAAGAAAACAAAGUUCAGCAGCAGCGGUGCGUUGAAUCUGCUGAAAGACUUCGACGGAGUUGCCGAGUGGAUUCUGCACUGCAAGGCUUUGGAUGACAAACUGAAGGCGGUACUUUCGAAGCACGAAGUUCUGCGAAUGUGCGAAGGUGUCGGAAAGUUGCUGCUACGUAAACCGGACGAGACGAUUUCGAUUCUGCCCAGUGGAAACGAAAUGCGCAGGGGUGAAGAUGCCGGAGGAGAUGAGAAAGCCCCACUGCCACCGGAGAUGUUCGUACCGAACCAGAAGCGCUGGUUGGAAUUGCGAGCGCGAGAUAAGAAAACAAUGGGUUUAAAUUGCGCCUGUCUGUGCGCCGGAAUGGACGUUUACUAGUGUUGCAGUUCACAAAGGAGAAUAAUUGUAAAUUCAUAGUGGUGUUUGAAUAUUUAAAGAAAAUUAUCAAAGUGCUUCUAACACAUAUAGUUACCAAUGUAAGAUUUUUAGCAUUUUAAUUAAUUCAAAAUAUAUAAGCGAAAAUAUAUUAACUUAAAAACUCAUGGAAAAUAUAUGUUAGGGAGAUACGUGAAACUCCUCACAA